AUGGCGGUUCAGAUUGCGUUUGUUUCCGACGGGGGUAUUCCAAUGCCCCUUCCCACGGUUGAUCUUCAAGCGGCCGUUCCCGAACGUUCCAAUUCGUCCUCCAUCCAGCCCUCUAUGCACCUGCCCUCCCUCGCUUGCUCGCAAACGUAUUCUUCUGGCCGCGAAUCGGGUCCCGGGUACCGACUCGCGCUGCGGCCCUCGUCACCUGCAAAAUCAGCUGAAUGA